GGGCAGGGCUCUUUAGCUCCUUUAGUUAUGUCAGCAGUAGUAACUGGUGGUGGAGGGUAUGUUGGGAGCAGACUCUGCCGGCAACUAGUGAAAGAAGGAUACGAUAAAGUGACAGCUAUAGAUGUUCACUUCAUAGAAGACGAAAAAGAGGGAGCAAAUAAAAUCAAAGGUGAUAUUAGAAAUUUCGAUUUUUUAAAUAAAAUAGUUUCCAAGUUACGUCCUGAUGUCAUCUUUCAUGUUGCAUCUUACGGAAUGUCUGGACUCCAAAUGUUUGACAAGAAAAUGAUUGAGAGUGUAAACAUACAAGGCACAAGAAAUGUCAUAGAAACUUGCAUUAAAAAUGGUGUCGAGAGCCUUGUGUACACGAGUACAUACAAUGUUGUAUUCUGUGGUCAAAAGAUUAUCAAUGGAACAGAGUCUCUACCAUAUUACCCAUUAGACAAACAUGUUGAUCACUACAGUAGAACGAAAAGCAUUGCAGAGCAAGCUGUAUUAGCAGCUAACGGAGCCAAGCUGGAGAAAGAGGGAUCUGUAUUGAGAACUUGUGCUCUUCGUUGUGCUGGGAUAUAUGGUGAGGGCGAACAAAGACACCUACCAAGAAUAGUGGAUUAUCUUGAAAAGGGAUUGGUUCUGUUUACUUUCGGAGACAAAGAUGUCAAAACUGAUUUUCUCCAUGUUGAUAAUUUAGUGCAGGCACACAUUAAGGCAGCUGCAGCAUUGAUGCUGCCUAGAUCGAUUCCAUCUGGAAAACCAUACUUUAUAUCAGAUAACAAUCCAAUUAAUAACUUUAUGUUCCUCAAACCUUUAAUAACAGGAUUAGGUUAUAGCUAUCCAACAGUGAGACUGCCACUGUGGAUUAUGUACUAUGUUGCAUAUUUCAUUGAAAUAUUGCACAGCAUCAUUUCCAAAGUCUACAAUUUCAAGCCUUUUAUGACAAGAGCAGAGGUUUAUAAAGUUGGCGUCACUCAUUAUUUUAGCAUUGAGCAGGCAACUAGGGACUUUGGGUAUCAACCAGAACCAAAGACACUUGACGGAGUAGUCAAGUGGUUUAAGGAAAGAGGCCAUGGGAAAAAGAAAAAGGAGAAAUCUCACACCACCUUGCUGAUUGUUUUAACGAUAGUAAUAAUAGUCGUAGCAUCAUUGAUUUUAAUUUAUUUCUAA